AUGGGCGGCGCUUCAAAGCUCUUUUACCUUGCUGUUUUUACCCUUCUUGCUCCAGCUCAUGGAGAAGAGAAUAGAUCUAGAUCUCAUUCCUGCGCGAUUGAUGCCAGGUCAACCGUCUCCGAUGCGUGUGCCUCCUUCGCCACCUUCGACGGCAUAAACAGCCAAAUAACCCCCGUUCUAAACUCCCUCACGCAACAUUCGGACUUUUUCUCCUAUUACCGUCUAAAUCUCUUUAAUAAAGAAUGUCCAUUUUGGUCAGACGAUGCCGGGAUGUGUGGAAAUAUUGCCUGUUCGGUCAGCACGUUAGAUUCAGAGGCAGAUAUACCGCUGAUAUGGAGAGCGGAGGAACUGAGUAAGCUGGAAGGCCCCAAAGCUGGCCAUCCAGGGAAAAGACAGCAGGAAGAGCGGCCAAAGGAGAAACCACUCCAGGGAAUGCUCGGUGAAGGCGUUGGUGAAUCGUGCGUCGUUGAAUAUGACGACGAAUGCGAUGAGCGCGAUUAUUGCGUUCCGGAAGAUGAGGGCGCCACAGGGAAAGGCGACUAUGUGAGCUUGGUCGACAAUCCAGAGCGGUUUACAGGAUACUCGGGACCAGGGGCCAGGCACGUUUGGAAUGCAAUUUACAGAGAGAAUUGCUUCAUAAAGCCCCAAGUGAAGUCCCAGGUGGCACCGAACAAUGUGUUUGGAGCGCCAUUGGGCUCUCAGGCUGUGGAGGAUUUUCGACAUGUCCUCGAAAGCCAUGAGCUAAACCAGGUAGUCUCUGGGGCCGUUCGGGACGAAUUAUACCCUCUAGACGACGAAUGUCUUGAAAAACGUGUGUUCCACCGAAUAGUCAGUGGCAUGCACGCAUCUAUUUCGACACAUCUUUGCUGGGAUUAUUUCAACCAAUCUACUGGAAAGUGGGCUCCCAAUAUGCAAUGUUUCAAGGAGAGGCUUCACUCACACCCGGAGCGAAUAGCCAACCUUUACUUCAACUUCGGCCUCCUCACCCGCGCUGUUGCUAAACUACAGAAACAUCUUCAGGGCUAUAGUUUCUGUAUCAGCGACCCAGACCAGGAUUACGACACAAAGCAGAAGAUGAAUACUUUAACGCACAUGGUCGCCACCCAUCCCCAGAUAUUCGACGAAACUACCAUGUUCCAGGACUCUGUUGCGAGUGGGCUCAAGGAGGAUUUCCGCAACCGAUUCCGGAACGUCAGCCGAGUAAUGGAUUGCAUUGGAUGUGACAAAUGCCGGCUAUGGGGGAAGCUCCAAACGGCUGGAUACGGUGCAGCCCUUAAAGUAUUGUUUGAAUAUGAUGAGACCAAGAACGGAGAGAACCCUCCCAUCCGAAGAACGGAGCUUGUUGCUCUAAUCAACACCCUUGGCCGUGUAUCCCACAGUUUGGCAUCCGUUCAGAAAUUCGAAGACGCGAUCGGAUCAAGGAAUGAAGCUAUGUAUUCCCAGCACGAGGCAAUAGAUAAGUCUUCGGAAGAAAUAAAGGAUUCUCUUCCUCCGAGAAAGGAGGAGUCCUUGCCUUUGGAAGAUGUCGAGGAGGCAAAACCGGAUACUCAACCAGAGGAGGAGGACGAGCCGGAAAGUAUUAUGGAUAUGAUUGCUGCAGAGGCCGGUUUAAUAUGGCGUGCCUAUAUCUUUAUCCUGAAGAGCUGGAUUAACUUCCCUGCACUUGCGUAA